CUGUAAACGAAAUUCAAAGUCGAGCUUGUGUUUGGUUGUCGUGUAGUGUAUUUUAAACAUGUUGGAGAGAAACCGGGUUGUUCUGUGUUAUUGAAUAAAAUAGUAAUGAAAUAUGUCAGAUAAUAAACGUAUAGCUUUAACAACGUUCGAGCCGGAAAAAGUUAGUGAUAAACAAUGUAAGAAACCAGUAAAAACUAUAAGAGUGUCUGUGAUUUUGCCAGAAUCAAAUGAAGAUAAUUGCCCUGAAUAUAACUUUAAGGAUGAACUAGCAGCUGUAAAGAAACGUAGUAAGCUAAAGGACGUAAAAAAGGAUUCAAACAACGUUGAAAACGGGCUGGACCCGUUUGGCGAGGAUGACGACGAUGACGUACGAAGAAUUGCAAGACAAAUGGAAGAAAAAUACGGCACGGCCGUUGGAGGCGCGUGCGGCACUGCCAACAAAAAAAAGAGAAAAGGGCGGAAGGAUGACUACGCGGACAUAGGUAUGGGGUAUGACGAAUCGGAUUCAUUCAUCGAUAAUACGGAUGGAUAUGACGAAAUUAUACCUCAAAACGUAACAACUCUUCACGGGGGCUUUUACAUUAAUUGCGGGGCCCUUGAAUUCAAGACUGACGAUGAAGCCACAUCGGAAAUAUCAUCGGACUCUUCCGAAAGCGAUAACGAGGAAACCGUCACCGAAAAUAACCAAUCAACCAAUAGAAAACGAAUUUUGGACACAACCGAGGAUGAAGAUAGCGAUAAAGAUGAGGAAGGGCAGUCCAAAAAGAAGCAAAAACUGUCCCCUAAAAAUACGAUGCAGCAGGCCAUUAAGAAAAAACUGUUUAGUCAAAAUAAAAUUCAGAUUAAGAAGAGACGUCCAAUUGAUCCCCUUAAAAAGACUGUUAAGGAGCUUCUAAGGGAGAAGCGGGUAGACUUAAAUAUGUCCAUUCCUACAGAGUUAGUUGUACAGGGACAACAAGUAGUUUCAGAAGGAUCAGAAAAAGAAUCUCACAAGGAAAACAAGAAACCUAUGAGUAUAUCUAGUGUUGCAGAUGCAAUAGAAUCGGUUGUUAAAGCAACAUUACCACUCGACAAUAAUGGAAACAACAAAAAUUUAGAAAUUAGCUCUAGCUUAAGCAAGCCAGAUGUUUCUCUUAGUUACGAUAGUGAAUCUAGUCAUGACUCAAAGGUUGAAAAAGUAGAAGUAGUAAAACUACCAGAAAACUUACCGGCCGACAUCUUAGAAACCAUCAAUAGUAUUAAGCAGGCUGCCUGUGAACAUAAGGACGGCAAAGUUAAGUUUUUCAAUGAAGAAAACAACAAAAAACUACUUACUUUGGAAAGAAAAUGUAGGUGUCUUGGCAGAAAUUCCAAAACGAAGGUGUACGAACAUUUGUCGGCGUUUGUGCGCUGUAAAAAGGAGACUUUGACCAAGAGGGCAAAACAUUUGGUGUUUGAAGAUGAUCAGCAGAAACUCAAAAAAAUGAUUGUUAAACUAAAGGCCGGUAUAAACGAAAUUAUGCCGACACUUUUGGCCAAUCAUGAAAAAGAAAGUCAAAAAAUAUUGCAAAAGAAGUUUUCCCAAGAGAGUGUUAAUAAUGAAGAGUCAAAAUCGUUGAGGAUGCCUCAUAGGAAAUUUCAAUGGAAUGAAGAUCUCAGAAAACUAGCCAAGGAUAUAAUAGCUACAAAAAAACGGUGCUUCUUGCUGGAGGGAAAACAAAAGGAAAGCAUCGACGAACUGAUAUUGGGCUACUUAAAAUCGGACAUUCAAACAAUUUGGCCGGACGGUUGGAUGUCGGUGGCGGCACUAAGGAAAGCUUGCAACCUUGACAUCCCCAGCAAAAACGGAACGAACAAUCCCCCCAUACACAAAAAACCUACCGAUAGCAAAACCAACAGUCUAAGCAGCGAUUUAAAACAUUCCCAAAAGAACUCCUCGUUAACGUUAAGCACCAAUUUAAAUUUGCAAAUAAUUCCUGUUGUCGCAAACGUGACGAAAAACACCUCAAGCAAGAGUGAAAGUGUGAGUACUGGUGACUUAACUGUAAGCAAAAUCAGCAAUAACUCAACAAAAGCUUGUCAGAAACUGCCGGAGAAAUCGCUAAUUAUCACUCCAAGCUUUAAUAAUGAAGAAGAGCACAAAUUUUUCGACUUCAGCAAGACAAUUAAACUGCCAGAGGCAUCAAUUCAGCAAGUGGACAGCUCUGUGAUUAAAACGAGUGUGCCGCGAGAGGAUAAACAAGAGGAGCAUAAGGAAGUUAAGGCUGUGACCAUAGAACCCAAACACUGCCAGGUUAUUGACCUCACUGAAGCUGUGGUAAAGAAAAAAAUCAAGCCCCAAGAACUCUACUCCAAACCCCCACCUUACUCAAAACCCAUAGACUAUCAAACCCCGAUGGACUUUAGCAAAGACUCUAUGAAAUUAAGCAAUAAACAUUCGGAACUCAGUAUCACUCCAAACUUCCAAUCAACCCCCCUCGAAAAAACCGUGGACUUAAUAAACGAUGGCGGUGACGAUAUUCAGAAGGUGAUGGAAAAUUUAAAGGCCCUUCAGCAGCUCUCGUCGCCCAGCAAAAAUGCGGAAAGUUCCUUGAGUAGUCCGGUUUCAGUGAUCGCAUACAAUAAGAGUUUUAGCGCGAAAACUUCGCCUUCUAGCAACAACAGAACUGAAACUAAACAUGGUGAAUUUCCGACUGGGUUUCAAGACGAGUUUCAGAAACAGUUCAUGAAUUCUCUGACACACAUGUCAACUCCAACAACUUCUAAAAAUAACUACAAUCGAUGCAGUUAGUCAAAUUGUUUCGUUUUUCUUUUUGUUAACAUCGUAAUUUUGUGCAAAACAGUUGAGUUGUAGAUUUAUAGCCUACUCUAAUAGACUGUUUUAAACUAAAAUUACUCUUUAUUUUGUAUGCCUUUUCACUCUGCCCUGACCUAAAUUUGUCUUGUUUAUGCCAAAAAUUGUAUAUAUUUUGUGAUUAUAGAAUUCAUUAUUUAUUAAUUAGUAACUUAUGCAGGGCAGUUGGUGACUCAACUGUAAGAAUCACACAUUUUUAGGAAAUCUACAGUUUCAUUUUGUGUAUUUUAUUGUAUAUAUGAAACCAUUACAUUCAACUGCCAAAUUAUUGAUUAUUAUAUUAAGUAGUAUAUUUUCAAUUUUAUUUUCCAUGUAAAUUGUGCAGAAUGAAUUUUAUCAUUCCUUUGUAUUAUUUAUUUGCUCUGUAAAUUAAAAAUUAUGUUGUAAUUUU